GUGAAAACUGGAGUUCAUUACCAAGGAGCAAGCAUGUCUUUUCACAGACUGCUGGUCUAUUUGAGGACAAUAUGCUGUUUUUGCUUUUUGAUCGGAAUCAAUCUAAUAGUCUACAUUAUGCGUUUUGUUUCACCAAGUCUCGCCAAGAAGCUAAUCCUAAAAGUGGGUGAAAGGACCACCAUGACCCAGAAUCCCAACUUUAAGUAUGAAGAUUGGGGUCUGACCUUUGGGACUAUGAUCUUCGUAAAAACUGCUGCAAAUCAUAUGUGGUUGGCUCUCGGACAAGAUGCGUUUGUUGGAGAAAAAGCUCCGGACACACCUGUGGUCACCAUGCAGGGAGAUAAAUCAAGUGUCUGCAAGUACAUGAAAGGCAACAGACCGCUGGUGUUGAGUUUCGGAAGUUGCACCUGACCCCCGUUUAUGUACAAACUUGAUGAGUUCAAGGAACUCGUCAAGGACUUCAGCGAUGUAGCUGAUUUUCUUGUGAUCUACAUCGCCGAGGCGCAUUCAACAGACGGUUGGGCCUUUUCCAACAACAUUGAGAUCAGACAGCACCAGAGCCUGGAGGACAGGCUGUCUGCAGCACAGAUUGUGGUUCAAAAGGAACUCCUGUGUCCAGUGGUUGUGGACGACAUGAAGGAUGUCUCUGCCAUAAAGUAUGGUGCUCUGCCUGAGAGGCUUUACGUGCUGCAGGCAGGGAAAGUUGUCUACAAGGGGGGCAUGGGGCCUUGGGAAUACGAUCCAAAGGAGGUGCGUUUGUUCCUGGAGAAGAUGAAAUAAGGAGAAUGUGUCAAGUAAAGCCAUGCAAUUGCUGUCCAACCAGUCGAAUAUAAAGAGGUCUCUGUAAUUAGCAGGGGGUUGUGGGUGUCAAUUUUGUAACCAACAUGUAUAACUCAAAGACAGACUGUUUUUUUUGUUGUUGUUUUUAAUCAAUACUCAAAUUGAUACACUGCUACAUCUACAUGUAAUUCUAUUGCUGCUCUCUGGCAUCUCUUACAUCAACCAUUGCAUGAGUAGAAAUAUUAUAACUCAUCUAAACUUGCGCUAAAGUUGCUUCUAGGCUCUCCUGUACUGAAAAAACAUACUUCUCAGUGUUUCUUAAUGACGGCUGCAGACUAAACCGUCGGCCUCUGCAGCCAGAUGAUGUGAGACACAGAGAGACAGUUCAGUCAGGAGAUUGUGUUUGAAGUAUCACAUAGUGUACAGGAGAUAUCUCCUAAAUUGUCUUAAUUCCAAAAGACCUUAAUGAAAGCACUUGUUUUCCACUUGCCUUGCAGAUUCGGUUAUUAACCAUAAACAUUGUAAACUGUAUGAACCACUGUUUUCUAUUGUCUAUGAAUGCUCCAAGGUAAUUCCACAAAAGGCUUUUCAUAUGAUGAUUACAGUGCAAACCCUUUGGUAACUGUAAUCUGAUGACAGUUUAAUCAAAAGAAAGCCUUCACUGAAUCACCCAGGAGCAUUCACAUUCAGUGUAUAAUAAGCACCUUGUUAAACUG